UGCUUGUUCAGCUUGGAGUGUCAGAAGACUUCAGUGGUUCCCUCAGCCUCAUCCCUAUCGCGACAACCCCACCAUCACACCAACAACGCCAGCCCCGUCGUCACCGCAAAGGAGAGCGACAACGCAUUGUCUUGAAAGAACAACCAUCACCAACUCCCAAACCCACAAAUUCAACCACAAUAAAACGGAAGCCCACCAUGUCCGCCGAAACAAGAGACCGCAUAACUUGCCACGUGCUCGACACAACCCUCGGCAAGCCCGCACGCGGCGUGCGCGUCAAGCUAGACCUCGUCUCAACCACCACGCCCUCCCCCACCAACAACAACAACCAUACCUCAUCCUCCUCCUCCUCCAUUGCGACGGCCGCCGCCCCCGCCGCCCCCUCAACCACCAACCCCGUAGUCUUCGAGUCCCACACCGACGAAGACGGCCGCAUCAAGGCUUGGCUGCCCUACUCGAGCCCGACCUCGUCCGGCGAGGUCCCCGUUUACACGCUCGAGGACGUGCUGGGGUCUAUCCACGCCAGCGGCGGCGGCGAGUCGCGCUGGACGCUGCGGUUCGACAGCGCGGGCUACUUUGGCGGGGCUGACAAAACCUUCUACCCCGAGGUCGAUGUGACCUUUACAGUGCGCGAGGGGGAGCGUUAUCACGUCCCGCUGUUGCUGGCGCCGUAUGGGUAUAGUACGUACCGGGGAAGUUGAAGACGCUGAGGGAACGGGGAUUUUGUAUGAGGAAGUGGGAAGAGAAGGGGGGAAGGUCGGCGGGCGGUUGUGAUGAACGAACGGGUGAAAGGGCCGAAAACGCUGCGUUUGCAGCGACAUUGGGAGUGAUAGCGGUUGGAUGUCGGGCCAUGAUUUGAAUGCCGUUCUUUUCAAAUACUCGGUACGAUACGUGCGCUGAGGAUGGCGCGGUGGUGCUUGUGUCUUUUUCGCGCCAGAAAGUAUCUUUGCUACGGAUUCGCG